AUGUCCAGCACUCCGAGCCUUAUCAAGGGAAGAAUCACUGUCAUAGGAGCGUUGACCGUCAAGGAUGGCAAGCUACAAGAGCUCCUGGGCUUGCUUGGGGCGAUCAAAGAGCAUCUCCAUAACGAGUCGGGCACCCUACACUGGGAAGUGGACCGGUUUGAGAAUGAGAUCGGCCUGAUCGAGAAAUACCGGGACUCUGGGGCUCUCGAAGUGCAUAUGAGCAGUCCACAGUACCAGGCAUUCGCUGCUAAGGCUAGCGAACUGAUCGUCGAAGGGAGCAUCUCCGUCAAGUACUAUGGCUCUGAGCUCUAG